AUGCAAUUACUCGGGGGUUCAGCUUCACCGUCCAUUUCGCCAACAUAUGCUCGUUGGCCCACAAAAGUUCAUUUGCCAGAGAAGAUAACUGUUGCAACAGAACCGAGUGUUCAGCCAAGCGACUUGGCUCUAGGAGACCUCUCUUGGCUCGCAAACCAGCUUUACCCAAGUUUGCCUGCUCAUUUAGUUAUUUCCAGUCUCAGUCUCGAGGCAGUUUCUUUUUUCAUCUUUUCCCAGGAUUAUGCUGUGGUUGGGCCUUUCAUGCUUUUGAAUGUGCUCUUGCAGUUGACGAUCGCAGUGAAAGUCCUUGCUCUUUCCAACAACACCUACUCAGAGAAUGUUGGUGCUCUCUUCGAAGGCGGGUGCACCAACAUGGAUCAAACACCUGCCUUGUAUGGCAUUGUGUGGCCGAAGGCUUUGCAGAAUGCCACCGUGGACACCUAUGACUGCAGUCUUCACUUGGUGACCAUGUCCUUCUACCCGGAGCUUCUAGAUCUCAACGGUGACCAGCUUUGGUCGAUGACGGAAGCUCUUCAGAAAGCCCAAGACAUCAAAGAUGCUUCGGGCAUCAUGCCUCACGGUGGAUUGCAUGGCUUCCAAAGGGCUUUGAAGCGUAUGAUCGCGGAUGAUGUGGCCAAUGCCGCCAGGGAGGGGUACCCACUCAGGAGUAGUCCUGAAAAAGGAUAUUUGGAUUUGGCUUGGUUCCAGCGCAAUCGAGAGAAGUUGAAGGUCUGUGAAGUGGCGGACAAGCACAUGUGUGGCAAUUUGGAAGCAGACCAUGUCUUGGACCAGGCUUUCCCGGACUUAGAUCCCGAUCAACGCGUCGCGAAGUGUUCAGAGACUGAGCAACUCUGGUGCCGGCGCGGGAUCUUUGGAGAAAGCCAGCAUGCCCUCUAUAAGCACAAGAAGAAAACCUGUGGUGCCGAGACCUACAUCGAGUCGCACGAGGGUCUCCCAAUCCUCAGCUACGAGUCAGUGGAAACCUAUAGAGGAGACGAGGACUCAGUGACUGGCUCGUUGUUCUUCACACUCUUUCUCAUCGUGCUCUUUGUGUGGGGCAUGAUCAUGGUGGAAGAGUUCAGAGCGAUUCACAACUUUUGGGUUGUGAUCUGGUACUUCCCAUCGACGAACAUGGGCAAUGCAGACUUUGCAAGCCUGCAGGAGUCGAAGAUGCUGGUGAGGGAGUUGCCAGUGAUUCACAAAGGGGUCACCCUGAUGAUUGUGCUGCUGCGCUUGAUGAUUGCCGUGAUCCUUUUCUAUGCCGGCUUGGUCUUCCUCUCAGUGACGACGAGCCUCACAGAUUUGAUCUUGAAUAGCACUGCCUUGAGCUUUCUGAUCGAAGUCGAUACCCUGAUCCAUAUGGCCUUCCUAGGUGAAUCCUUUCGCUUGACGGUCACCGACCGUUGUGACAUGCUCACCAUGACCUCCACCGAAUAUGCGGGGCGCUGGCGCUAUGCGGUGCACCUGCCACUGCUGCUGAUCGUCUUGGCGAUUUGGAUCUGGCACGUCUACUACGGAGAGAACGGCCUCUUUGCGAUCUCGGACGCCAUGCUGUGCCUGUGUCAAGCGGAGGGCCGUUGCCUGGCCGCCACCAUCAUCGCGAGCUGA